AUGCUGAUAAGAUUAUGGUUUGUCUCUUUGGGAAAUUCGGUUGGUAUAGAAGACACUGCCAAGGGUUUGCUUUUCAUCAUUAGUCUUGAUUUGAGUGUAAUUAAGAAUGACACGGAAAGCGCAUGCUUGCUGGGAGAGAUCAUCAGGCUAAACGUUCCUUACAAAAUUGCCCUGCCGGAACAUAAUUGUCGCUGUGAGUUCGGCUCGCACUGUUCAGCGACAACAAGCCGCCCAUUCCCCGGUACUCUCAUGCCUGGGUUUCUCGACUUUCACGAAAGAGCGACCUGUUUGAAGCUUUGUUCUACAGUGGUUCUCAAAGUGUACUUCCUAGUGGAUAUUAGGUGGAUCACGCCAGAAGAAUGUGAAGUGUACAGUCGUGACAGGAGGCCCCCACUGGUCAUCCCUAGGAUCACCCAGUAUAGGCAGCCCAGACGUGACCAACGAGUGCAAUAUCCAGAGGAGAGCCUGAAGGACGUGCCAGCAAAAGCCUGGAAUUGGUCUCCGACUUCCGAGAGGAGUCGUCCUGAGCUCGAAAGGAGCUAUAAAUCCAGCUCUGAUAGUCCACCACUAUGGAGCAGCAAGAGACUUGGUGGCUCUACGGAAAAUCUCCUGGCAGUCAACCGUCGUCCAAAUCACCUGCAGCUUCCAGCCUCUUCAUCUGGAGACAGCCUGGAUGUAGAGGUUCGCGAGAAGCCAGGGUACAAAAAGGAAAGAAAGUCGAGGUCCAUGGUGGCGCCAAAGCAGAAGGCUCAGCGACCGCCCAUGUCCUCACCUAGACUCAUGCAUAUACCGAUUGAGGCAACAGUACUUUACGAAUGUCCUGUAAAGCGUACAAAGUUUUCGGAAGGUGGCAAGAAGAGUAAGAAGAAUUGGACGGACUGUUACAUGAUCCUCACCCCCACUGCACUCGUCUUCUAUAAGGACCAGAGGACAUUUUAUGCUACGAAGGUGCCAAAGCCCUUUAAUGCCCCCCCAAGUCCUACUGCACCACGAGCCGAACUAGUCCUACCACUGCUCAAUGCGCACAUACUUCAGUGUAUUCAAAUGCAUACUAGACGAUUCACACGAUCUCUAGUGCUGACCGUAGAACAUGAUCAGUACUUGCUCCAGGUUGAGUCUGAAGAAGGCGCCAAGAAACUCCUGAAAUGCAUUCAGAAUGUCAUUUAUAAACUGGGUCCACCAGCAUUAGAUGACCGCCCAAGUCCACAAUACCAAAGCAGUAACACGGACCUUGAGAGCCUGGGCCGUACUCCACCAGUGUCACGGCACGCUACUAGGAGCAAACAAAAAACUGGUGGCAGUAGCAAUGAAGAUCUCAGUGAUUCAACUGAAGUAUCCACUUACAAGUACCACGUCAGAAGCAAGUUAAAGAAAUUCUUCGCUAAACGACCGGCUAUGGAAGUUCUUGUGAAGAAAGGCAUCUACAAAGAUGAACCAGUAUUUGGGCGUGACCUGGAUGAAGUGUGUCCAUUAAGCAGCCCUCGAGUUCCAGAGUUUGUGAAAGCCUGUGUGAGGGAGAUCGAGAGCAGCGAAGAGAAUAUGUGCACAGAUGGACUGUAUAGAGCGAGCGGAAACCUCAGUCAGGUGCAGAAGAUACGACUGGAGGUGGACCAGAAUAAUUUCUCGGUAAUAGAGAAUACGACUGAUAUUCACGUGCUGACGGGAUCAUUGAAGCUGUUCUUCCGUGAGCUAAAGGAGCCCCUCAUUCCGUGCUCGAUGUUCCAGAGGGUUCUCGAUGCUUGCUCUCUCCGACCGAGAGAAACCAGAAUCAAGGAGUUUAGAGAUAUUGUGCAAGCUCUACCUCAAUGUAAUAGAGAUACUCUAAAAUUUAUUCUCGAACAUUUAUUAAAAGUAACAGAAUACAGUGAGCGCAACAGAAUGCAUACAGCAAACCUUGCCAUUGUAUUCGGCCCAACCUUGUUAUGGACAAAAGAUCUAGAAAGAAUCGCCGUCGACUGCAUACAACAGAAUAACGUCGUUGACAUCUUGCUCAACGACUACAAAGAAAUAUUCGCGGAAGAAAAUACAAAAGGAAAGAAAAAGGCGUGA